GUUCAGUCAUUCUCAGCCAAGCGCACCGAUUAGUACGAUGAAGUCUGCUCUGUUUUUGGCGCUCUUGGGUUGCGUUCUGUCCGCAACCGAGAUCAUCGCGCUGCGCUGUACUCCGUCAGGGAACGUGAACGUAACGGCCAAUGGUAGACCUGCCUACGCUGGUCAGUUUCCUCACCAUGCUUUGCUGGCGGUAAGCUUCGGCGAGGAGGAAGUACGUUACUGCAGUGGAGCGUUGGUGGACGAGCGACACGUUGUAACUGCGGCACAGUGUGUUGUCGGUAGCAGUUCCGUUGAGGUCCAUCUCGGUUCAAACUGUCUGCAGGCGGAUGAGGACGAUCAGUUCCGGUAUGUGUUUACCGCGGUGGAAGUUACCGUACGCGAAGGUUACGAUACGGAGACGUUUGUGAACGAUGUGGCCGUCGUUCGAUUCACCGACGAAGCGGUAAGACUUCCGCCCUGGGUGCGUCCGGUGCGUUUGCCGGAAAUGGAUGAAACGCAGUACGUUGGACAGGAAGUGCUCACGAGUGGAUUCGGUCUGAUGAACUAUGGACUGGAAGGUGCGGCCGAUGCACUGCAGUACAUGCGGCUGGUGGUGUUGGAGCUGGAGGUGUGCCAGGAGGAGUUUAAUUUCAUCACGCCCGAUACGGGACGGUUCUGUGCACAGGAAGCGACCCACGAGCCUAACUGCGUCAGUGACGUCGGAAGUCCCUUGGUGAUGAAGGAGAGCGGGUUGCAUCAGUACGUGCUGCUUGGAGUGACCAGCUUCGGGCAGAAGUUCGCCUGCAACAAGGGUAAUCCGGGUGCACUGCAGGAGAUGCGCAAUCAUGCCGCGUGGGUGAAGGAAGUGUUGGCCAACGCAAAUUAAUACGAAAAUAAAAUAUUUGUAAAUAUCGCACAAAAGAAAUGGAUUAUCUGUUGCAAAAA